CAAAAAGCAGAGGAAAUGUCUUUCUUUAACUUUCGUAAGAUCUUUAAGCUUGGCGGGGACAAAAAGAAGAAGCAAUAUGAGCACGUCAAGAGGGAUCAAAACCCGGAGGAGUUGUGGGAGAUCAUAGGGGAGCUGGGCGAUGGAGCCUUCGGGAAAGUGUAUAAGGCCCAGAAUAAAGAGACUGGUAUAAUGGCCGCAGCAAAGGUCAUAGAUACGAAAUCUGAAGAUGAACUUGAGGAUUAUAUGGUGGAGAUUGAAAUCUUGGCCUCGUGCAAUCACCCCAAUAUUGUGAAACUGCUGGAUGCUUUUUACUAUGAAAAUAACCUGUGGAUUCUUAUAGAGUUUUGUGCUGGAGGAGCCGUCGAUGCCGUCAUGCUCGAGCUGGAGCGUCCAUUAACAGAGCCGCAGAUCCGCGUGGUGUGUAAGCAGACCCUGGAAGCCAUGCUUUAUUUGCACGAUAACAAAAUUAUCCACCGAGACCUGAAAGCCGGAAACAUACUCCUGACACUGGAUGGAGACGUCAAGCUGGCUGACUUUGGAGUGUCUGCUAAGAACACCAGAACGUUACAGAGAAGAGACUCGUUCAUUGGCACCCCGUACUGGAUGGCCCCAGAAGUGGUGAUGUGUGAGACCUCUAAGGACAAGCCGUAUGACUUUAAAGCUGACGUUUGGUCUCUGGGCGUUACGUUAAUCGAGAUGGCUCAGAUUGAGCCCCCCCACCACGAACUAAAUCCCAUGCGCGUCUUGUUAAAGAUUGCAAAAUCGGAGCCUCCAACAUUAGCACAGCCGUCAAGAUGGUCGAGGGAUUUUAAUGAUUUUUUGAGAAAGUGUUUGGAGAAGAACCUGGAUGCCCGUUGGACCACUGUUCAGCUGCUGCAGCACCCAUUCGUGUCAGUGGUCCACAGCAACAAGCCAUUGCGAGAGCUGAUCGCAGAGGCCAAGGCCGAGGUCUUGGAGGAAGUGGAAGAAAGUAAAGAGGAAGAAGAAGAAGAUGAGGCCGAGAGCUCUUUGCCUGUUCCAGACAGCAAAAGAGCUUCCUCGGACCUCAGCAUUGCUAGCUUGGACGACGACAAACUUUCCCAGAAUGCUUCAACUCUUGAACCAGUUUCGGAAACUGUGGUGCCUCCUUCAGUAGAAAAAAAAGUCUCUGAACAAGAACCCAAGAAGGAGAAAGUUAAGGAAGCUCCUGAAAUCAAGAAACCGGUUAGUCCAGGUGUCUCCAAAAAAGACAUUGAAGGUUGCAAGUGUUACAAACCAGUCAUCCCAGAAAGUAAAGAUGAGGCCAGGGUACCAGUGUUGGAACCAUCCACUGACACGAAGCCUAAACAGCCAGCAGAUGUGUCCUCACUGCCAGAGAACGAAGCUGAAAAGAAACCAGAAAAGAAAGAUGAGGCCAGUGUACCAGUGUUGGAACCAUCCACUGACACUAAGCCUAAGCAGCCAGCAGAUGUGUCCUCACUGCCAGAGAACGAAGCUGAAAGUAAAGAUGAGGCCAGUGUUCCGGUGUUAGAACCAUCCACUGACACUAAGCCUAAACAGCCAGCAGAUGUGUCCUCACUGCCAGAGAACGAAGAUGAAAAGAAACCAGAAAAGAAAGAUGAGGCCAGUGUUUCGGUGUUGGAACCAUCCACUGAGCCUAAACAGCCAGCAGAAGUGUCCUCACUGUCAGAGAAUGAGGCUGAGAAGAAACCAGAAAAGAAAGAUGAUGAACUUCCAUCUGAAGUUAAAGAAGAUGUUCUUGAAACACCGGAGAAGAAAGAAAUGCAAAACGAAGAGGGAAGUAAGAAAUCUGUUACAGUAUGUGAACCCGGAGAGGGCGCUAUUCCUGAAAGCAGGGUUGAGCCACCCCACGUGGAAGCUCCAGAAGUGCCGAAAGAAAUGCCAGAGACACAAGUAAAAGAAAACGGUACAGAGGAAUUAAUUGCUGAAAUAUCCGAUUCAGUAGCAGACACAAAUGUUUCCGGUGAGAUUUCUGAAGGCCCCGAAAAGUCAGAACAUGUAAAGGACUCUGAACAGGAACCUAGCAUUAAACCAGAAUCUUCUGAAAGUCCUGUAGAUGACGGGAGCCAAGAAAAGAAGGAAAAUGCUACAGAUGCAAAUAGCACUGCACCUGUCAGUCAAGAUAAGCAGGUACCAGAAACCGCUGAUCAAGUAAAUCAUAUUGCUAAAGAUGAAGUAGUUGUGACUCCAUCACCAGAGGUGGUAGAAGAUAAGAAACCUGACAACGUGAAAGUUGCUCUUGAUUCUGAAAAGGAAUCACCCAUAGUUACUGCUGAUCCUGGUAAAGAACCAGUGCAAGGUCAGUCUCAGGACAAUGAUGUAAGUUCAAGUAAAGGUGCUACAUCGACCGAAAAGGUACCUCAGACCAAUGUGCCUAAUAUUAGUGUUAUCACCGCUGAAGGUGAAGAGAAGGACAAAGCAAAGACUGAGACCUCGCCUGCAGGAGAAGCUGAAAUUCCAAAGGAAGUUGAUUCGGAUUCAGGAACAGGAUCUACUGCUGACAGUGGAAGUAUGGACUUGAACUUGUCUAUAUCCAGCUUCCUGACCAAGAAUAAGGAGUCGGGCUCCAUCUCAAUACAGGAUUCAAAAAGGCAGAAAAAGACACUGAAGAAGACUCGCAAGUUCAUUGUAGAUGGCGUGGAAGUGAGUGUCACAACCUCGAAGAUAGUGACAGAUAACGAUGCUAAGAGUGAAGAGAUGAGAUUCCUUAGGCGACAAGAGCUGCGGGAACUCCGGCUGCUGCAGAAAGAAGAACAGAGAGCUCAGCAGAUCCUCAGUAACAAAUUACUGCAACAGAGAGAGCAAAUCUUCCGCAGAUUUGAGCAGGAAAUGACGAACAAAAAGCGACAAUAUGAUCAGGAUAUUGAAAACCUGGAGAAACAGCAGAAACAGACCAUAGAGCGUCUGGAGCUGGAGCACACUGUCCGCCUGAGGGACGAAGCAAAGCGAAUCAAGGGUGAACAGGAGAAGGAGCUGUCCAAGUUCCAGAACGUCCUAAAAAACAAAAAGAAAGAGGUAAUAAAUGAAGUGGAGAGAGCGCCUAAAGAGCUGCGAAAAGAGCUUAUGAAACGCAAGAGAGAGGAGCUUUUACAUUUCCAGCACGCGCAGGAGCAAGAGUUUGUACUAAAGCAGCAGCAAGAGCUGGAUGGAUCCCUGAAGAAGAUCAUUCACCAGCAGAAGAUAGAACUCGCCACCAUAGAGAAGGACUGCCUGAGUCGCAAACAGCAGCUCAUGAGAUCACGAGAAGCUUCUAUUUGGGAACUUGAAGAACGUCAUCUCCAAGAGAAGCAUCAGCUACUGAAGCAGCAACUGAAGGAUCAGUAUUUUAUGCAGAGACACCAGCUUCUGAAGCGGCAUGAGAAGGAAAUGGAGCAGAUGCAGAGGUAUAAUCAGAGGCUGAUUGAGGAACUGAAGAAUAAGCAAGCUCAGGAGAGGGCACGGCUGCCCAAAAUUCAGCGCAGUGAUGGCAAGACUCGCAUGACCAUGUUUAAGAAGAGUUUGAGGAUCAAUUCCUCUGGCUCUCCAGAGCAAGACAGAGAGAAGAUUAAGCAGUUUGCUGUCCAAGAAGAUAAAAGACAGAAAAAUGAAAGAUUAGCUCAGCAUCAGAAGCACGAGAACCAGAUGCGGGAUCUGCAGCUUCAGUGUGACGCCAACAUCCGGGAGCUGCAGCAACUACAGAAUGAAAAAUGUCACCUGUUAAUUGAACAUGAAACUCAGAAGCUGAAGGAGCUAGAUGAAGAACAUGCGCUGGAGCUGAAAGAAUGGAGGGAAAAACUAAGACCACGAAAGAAGGCCCUUGAGGAGGAGUUUGCAAGAAAACUUCAAGAACAAGAACUUUUCUUCAAAAUGAGUGGAGAAUCCGAAUGCCUUAACCCCUCAACGCAGAGUCGGAUUUCCAAGUUUUAUCCUAUACCAAGCAUGCAUUCAACCGGGUCUUAACCCCGUCUGUUUUACCGCUUGUUUUAUAUGCUUUUAUCUCAGUCAUGUCACUUUUGGAACUUUUUAGAAAAAAAGCAUGGGUAGAUAAUUAUUAUUAUUUUUUCUUAAGAAACCGUUUUUUAGGCUGCUUUGUUUUUUGUUUUUUUUUGUUUGUUUUUUAUACUAUAUAAUUAUAUAAGUUGCUUAAUCUAAAUUAAAUCAGAUAUAUUGUUUGUACAGUGAGGACACAAGGCCUGUGAGAGGCGCUAUGCAGUCCCUUGUGUUAAGUAAAAAAAAAAAGAAAGUUGGCCAUAUUUUGUAUAAUAUUUAAUAUGCAAAAAAUGAAAUUGUUUUCAUAUCAGUCUGCAUAGAUUAGAUUAGUUGUGGGUUUCAUAAUUUUUGCCCGUUAUGAAACUUGCCCGUCAAACUGUUGUGCUGGAUUACACCUACCUGGAGUAUAUUCAUAUGCAUUAACCAAUAUAAUCUGAGGAAACGAGCAGAACCUACGUGGCGUUUUCCCCUUUCACACUUUACAGUCCCCUUUUUUUUCUUUUCCGUGAUAACAGUGAAUCUGUAGUAAAUUGCUUCAGUUUUGCCCUUGAUUUUGUGGUAAUCGGUGCAAAAAAAAUGAAAAAAAACCCUGAAUGGCAAAUCUGCCCAAUUACAUAGUAACAAAAAGUCUGUGGGGUUCUGGCAGCCAUUUUUUCAGGCUGGGCUCCACAGUGUUUUUAUGCGAUUAUUGCAGUCCUGGUAGAUUGCAGUAUUCUAUUUUAUAUUACUCUUUCUAGUAUUAACUUGGUGCAGAAAAAAAAUCCAGCAAUCACCAAAACGUGGUUGUCCGAAACUGCUCUGAGUUUGUGUUCCUAUUCUUAAAAAUGAGUGAGAGAUCCCAGAUGCAGUUUACUAUGAUCACAAAGUGCGAUAAUCAGAGCACAUAAGAUGACCAUGUAGCCCAGGCCUUAAAGGGGUUGUGCAAGAAUGGGAAACCGCCCUGUCCCUCCCACUCGGCUGCAUCUGUAAAGGGAAGAUUACUUACCUGCUUCCCGGCGUUGGCUCACCACUCCUUCUUUUCCAGGCCUGUGAAGCUCCGCUGGGCUCCCUCGCUGAAAACAUCCUGUUUGACACCGCCUGCAGCCAGUAGUUAUAGCGGUGACCGGCUUGUCUUAUGUCAUGACAAAUGGUCACAUGACACAAUGGGAUCCGGUCACAAUCACACCCAGUGUGGUAAUGUCGAACCGGAUUUUUUCAGCGAUGGAGCACACAGGAGUAUUACAGUCCUGGAGGAGCAGGAAGCAGGUAUGUAAGCUUCCCUUUACAGGUGUGGCCUAGUAGAGGGGGAGGUUUGCUAACCCCUCACUUCUUGCACAACCCCUUUAAGGGGACAAUACUCUUUCAUGUGAAGGGCUUGCUGUAACUUAUAACCAGUGAAAUUCUCGAUAACACAUUUGCGCUAUUUGAUAAAUUCCCUUUUUCCUUCUAGCGGUUUGUUCUAUUAUUAUUGAAUUUUUGGAGCGGUUUAGAUACAAAGUCUUUAGGUAAAUGGUUAUGGGGAGGUAUUUUGUACACAGCUUCCAAAGGGAGCAUUGCAAUUCAUACAGAUUGCUUCUGUGAGAGCAUAUUUAUAAUAUUAAUCCACUAAACACUUAUUUCCGCUGCGGGCGUGCAGAUCGGGUGCCUGAGGCUUGUGAAUACUGUGUGAUGGGGACAUCCUUUGCAGAACUAUUGGCCUACUGCCGAGCCCCAUUUAUGAAGCUCUCCACAAAGUAUUUUGCACUAAGCAUCAACUGAAAUGUUUCCAGCGUACUUAAAGGAAUACGCCAUACCCCUUUUUCUCAUGCGUCACGUCCCUUUAAAUUGUGCUGGUCACUUACACAUAUGCCAGGCAGCUGCUUUGUGAUGCUAUUGGCCAGAAACUAGUGAUGUCACUAUGGCUCAAUGACGUCACCUGUGUGCUUUCAAUUCACUAUAUACUAGAAACCUUUAUGCUGCUUGUUUGAGUUGGGUUUAUUUCGACAUCUCAUGCAACCAUAUUCAUCUUUAUUAUAAAUGUGAUGUAUAUGCCACACUUGUGUAUGCUGCCUGCAGUGGCACCGAUAACUUUACAUUGUAGACAUUAUAAGGUAGUAAAAGUGAAGAUUUGCCCUUGUAUAAUUUAAAGGGCUAGGUGUUAUUUUCUUAUCAGUAUUAUUCCGUUUUUUUCUGUCAUUAUCCUGUGGCUCUGGUCUACAUGAUUAAAAGCAAAGCCAGAUAUAUCCGUUGAUAAAUGAGGACCAGUGGCUUAAUGGUUGAGAUAACAUGGGGAAGGAUCGGCUCCUUUCUCAGAACCCCCUAUAUUAGCCGAAUUGGUUCCUGUCCGGACUGACUCAUUUUAUUCUAAAUAGGUCCAAAAUAAAGUGCUGUUCAAUAUCCUAAUAUUUUUAGGGGUUUUUUUUGUUCUGUUUUUCUGAUGCAGUGCUCCAAAUCUCCUACAUAGACAUAGAGUUAACUUUAUCGUACAUUCUCACAAAAAAAAAAAAAAACAUUAAAAACUGUAAAACAGUUCAUUUUGAACGACUA